ACGGUGUUCAGUUAAAGUUUGUUUACAGUUUUAAGCUUUGGUCAAGGCGGCAAAAGCCAUCAUAUUAUUUGUGGGAUUUUUAUUUUUUCACGUACGUUGUAAUAUUCAUGUAAAGAAAAACCUUCAGAGUUAAGAAUGAGCUCUGACGAAGAUUGUCGUAUCGUAUCGAACGAACCGUCAUAUUCUGCUGCCGUAUCCGGUAAAAAUAAAAUUAGUUCUGAUCAAGUACCGAAGUUCACAUGUCCGAUGUGCCCUCAAGUUUGCGAAGAACUAUGUAUAAUAGAAGCUCAUAUUGAGAAUGAACAUCUAAAUGGUCUGGAAGAACAAAUCUCCGAAGAUAAUUCAAAGCCCUUCAACUCUGCUGUGCAUGCUUGUCCACUUUGCAGCCAAACAUUUAAAGAUACUUUAUCGCUUGAAUUCCACUUUCGUGCACAACAUGAUGUGUUACAAAAUGAGGAAUCAACAUCCAAGGCUCAAACUCUGAAAUUGUCUUGUCCUGUUUGUCUAUUCGAAUUCUGUUCUGAGGAGCCACUUGCUCAACAUGUCAAUCUGCAUUUCUCAACAGAUAUUUCCAAUGACGUUGAUGAAGAGCUUGCCCGUAAGUUGGAACAAGAAGAACGAUGUUUAAUGCAGAACAAGGAACGUGACGAUUUCAAGCGACUUCAAUCGAUGCAUGGUUUCGAUCAAGGAAGAAAUUUGAAUCGACAGUGUGAUGCAAAUCUUUUCAGAUCUGUCAAAAAAGGGAACAUGUCUGCUGUAGACUAUCAUGAAAAACGGAUUAUGCUUAAAAUGAGUGAAAAAAUCGGACUGGACGAUGGUUCGUCAGCCACUCUGGAUAUUACAAACCAUAUCAGAAAGCUUACGGUGGCACAAUCCACGCACAUGUGUAGUGCUGUUGAUCACUAUGCUGCAUCUUUCGGCGACUCUGGUUGGGGUUGCGGCUAUCGGAACCUACAAAUGUUGCUCAGCGCACUUCUUCGCAAUCCUCAGUAUGCCGACCGACUAUUAAAUCUUUGUCCUUCGACAUCAUCAACAUCCGAUAGUUCCAUCAAAGUACCGUCCAUUUCUCGACUUCAAUCGGCAAUAGAAGAAGCUUGGAAGAUGGGAUUUGAUGAACAAGGUUGUGAACAGUUAGGAGGCAAGCUCUCUGGUACGUGUAAAUGGAUUGGCGCAACAGAAAUAGCGACACUUUUGGCUUCAUGUCGCAUACGAUAUCGUUUGAUAGAUUUCCAUCGACCUACUUCUGCCGAUGGUAAACUACACCCCGCGUUAUUCGAUUGGGUUAAAAAUUACUUUGAGGAAACGUCUGAAUUUAAGCCCCCAUUGUACUUUCAACAUCAAGGCCACAGCCGCACGAUUAUUGGCAUAGAAGAAAGGGCACAGGGAAACGCACGUCUGCUGAUACUUGAUCCAAGUCACAAGAGCGAUCAGAUGCGUCUUUUGACGAACAAUUCCGGAUCGGCCCAGAAUAAUCCUGCAAUCGCCAAAAAGAUUUUGGUACCUAUGGCGGCUUUAAAGGCCAAGCAAUACCAAAUUGUUUGUGCAGACGGCGGCUUUGUUGUUGAUGAACACGAGUACUCGCAAAGUCGAGUAAUCCGGUCGACACGUAUUCCGUAACUGAUUUGGCGAAGAAGUACAUUUGACAGAAAUGUGGCUCACGCGUAAGAUUUCUGUGAUACUACAGAAGGCAAGGUAUUGUAUCUAAACAAAACGUUGCUAAAGAAAAAGUAUGCCCCAUUUACCUCGUUUUGUUACAAAAUCACUUGAAAAAAUUAUUUGCAUGAAAAAUUGCCCUAAUACUAAGUAUGUUUUGUAUCUCAAAUAGUAAAAUUCAGUAAGACGUCGCUUGAUAAAUUUUGUCUUCUAUAAAUACACGAUUAGUCAUUA